CUGAAGACUUCCCGGACGCAAACCAAACCGACAGAGAUUCGACCUUUGACCCCGACCUGCCUGGAGACGCCGCGCUUCACCCCGGAAAAAAAACACGCCAGACGCCAUCUUUGUUUCCCGUCUGCUCGACUGACCUUUCGUAAUAAAACUACCGAGGCAAAAAACUGCUGGUUGACGGAGUUGAAGCGCUGCUCUCUGCGGGAGGAUCUGCCCCCGGGGGUCAGGCUGCCCCCGGUGGCCGGAGGGCAGAACUGCAGGACCCAGGUCCAGAGGGGAGGAAACCCGCAGCUGCUGCAGGACCAGAUCUACUGCAGCCUGGGGGACGACGUCUCCCGGGUGCCCGCUGCCACCCGUAACACGGUGGGGUACCUGAGCUCCCGGCACCUGGAGGUGAGCCGCUGGCAGGCCCACAUCUCCGACUGCAUCUCCCGGGUGGACUGGGAAAUGGCCGCCCUGGAGCAGGUGCGUUUGGUGUCUCAGCGGUGCCUUCAGGAGCGGCAGCUGUACGUCCAGCUGAUGACGGGCUGCGUGGCGCUGAGCGGGGGGGCGCCCCCGGAGGCCCCCGGGGGGGGGGGGGGGCCCCCGGGGGCCCCCGGGGGGGGGGGGGCCCGGCGGGACCGGGUCUCCUCAGAGCUCCGGAGGGAGGAGGCCCAGACCCGGGAGGGAAGGGACCUGCUGCAGAGCCAGAUCAGCCUGCUGAUGGAGAAACUCAGGUCUGGACCGCCGGGUCUGGGUCCCGUUGUCAUGGAGACUGACUGUAACAGCUCUCUGAGGAGCGUCCGUUCUCACCUCUUGUCUGAUUUCCGGGACAAAGGCGAGGCGGUGAAGCUCACCACGCAGUGCCUCAGCCAGGAGUUCGAGGGCCCCUGCUCCCGGCUGCCGGCCCACGUGCACAAACCCGCGCACGUGAGCUACGACCGCUGGCAGAGCAACUGCCAGGGCCUCAAGAUGGCCGCCGACGGCCUCAUCCGGGAGUCCGCCGCCUUCAGGGGGAACCUGCAGUUCCUGCUGGCCAACCUGAAAAACUCCCAGGAGCACCAGCGGAGGAGCACAGACGAGGCUCUGCGCAGGAAAAUCUACGAGCUGACCAGAGUCCAGGACACCCUGAUGUGGGAGAAGCAGAGGACCAAGGAGGAGAUCUCAGAUCUGACUAAAGACAUCCAGAAGGUGGCGGGACAAAUUAGGAACUGCGACUCCAGGCUGCACCAGGCUAACCACCGGCUGGACGUCCUCAACCAGAGGCCGGGAUUCGAGCUCUGCCUGGACAACCCCCACAUCAGUCUCACGCUGGAGAAACAGGACCUGACCAAGAUGGCCGCCGGCCUGCGCUGCUCCCUGAAACAGUCCCAGAAGGAGCUGGAGCUGUCCGGGCGGCGCCUGCUGGUCCUGGAUCAGCGGCUGGCCCUGAGCGCCGGGGCCCUGGAGACCGAGAGGCGCUGCCAGAAGCUGCACCAGAGCUUCCUGCCCGCCCUGGACACCGCCGUGGUGCUGGCCAACCGGCCCAAGGUGGCCCCGCCCCCCACCGGCCCCGGCCCCCUGGCCCCGCUACAGAAGCGCUGCUCUCUGCGGGAGGAUCUGCCCCCGGGGGUCACGCUGCCCCCGGUGGCCGGAGGGCAGAACUGCAGGACCCAGGUCCAGAGGGGAGAAAACCCGCAGCUGCUGCAGGACCAGAUCUACUGCAGCCUGGGGGACGACGUCUCCAGGGUGCCCGCUGCCACCCGUAACACGGUGGGGUACCUGAGCUCCCGGCACCUGGAGGUGAGCCGCUGGCAGGCCCAGAUCUCUGACUGCAUCUCCCGGGUGGACUGGGAAAUGGCCGCCCUGGAGCAGGUGCGUUUGGUGUCCCAGCGGUGCCUUCAGGAGCGGCAGCUGUACGUCCAGCUGAUGACGGGCUGCGUGGCGCUGAGCGGGGGGGCGCCCCCGGAGGCCCCCGGGGGGGGGGGGGGGCCCCCGGGGGCCCCCGGGGGGGGGGGGGCCCGGCGGGACCGGGUCUCCUCAGAGCUCCGGAGGGAGGAGGCCCAGACCCGGGAGGGAAGGGACCUGCUGCAGAGCCAGAUCGGCCUGCUGAUGGAGAAACUCAGGUCUGGACCGCCGGGUCUGGGCCCCGUUGUCAUGGAGACUGACUGUAACAGGUUUAGCUAA